AUGUACAAAUUAUUACGUAAUAUCCAACUAUUAGCUAUUCAUUUAUCCAAGCAGACCCAACAAUUGCAAGAUGAACGCGCGAGAGCAAAUCAAUUACUUUACCAAAUGCUACCGAAAUUUGUCGCCAAUCAGCUAAAACAAGGCUAUAAUGUAUCAGCUGAAACAUUUGAAGAUGUUACUAUUUAUUUCAGUGAUAUUGUUGGAUUCACUGUUAUCUGUCAUCGUAUAACAGCUUUACAAGUUGUUCAAAUGCUAAAUAUAUUAUACGAAAUAUUUGAUAGUAAAGUAGACAAGUAUGAUGCAUAUAAAAUCGAAACUGUCGGCGAUGCGUACAUGGUUGCUUCUGGUCUGCCAAGGCGAAUACCAAAUCGUCGUCAUGCUAGAGAAAUUGCCGACUUAGCUCUUGAUUUACAAAGUGAAAUCCAAGGGAUUAAAAUAUCGACUAUGCCAGAUCAAUUAAUAAGAUUGAGAGCCGGAAUUCAUACGGGUCCUUGUGCAGCUGGCGUAGUCGGUAAUAAAACGCCUCGAUAUUGCCUUUUUGGAGACACUGUUAACAUUGCCUCAAGAAUGGAAUCUCACGGACAAGCUGCGAAGAUUCACGUUAGUAAAAAUUGUAAGACAGCAUUAGAUCAUAUUGGUGGAUAUAUUCUGAAUAGCAGAGGUCAUGUGACAGUCAAGGUACUAUGGAAUUAUGAAAACGUUUAA